AUGAAAUUGGGAACAUGUACAGAGUGGUUAUUCUUUCAUAUAUGGAAAAAAAAUCCGAAGACUGGACAUAGUUGUGAUGGAAUUUUUGUUGCAGAUUCAAUCAUUUAUCGUUGGGCUUAGCCAUACUUUAGAUAUUUUACUGUAUCGGAUGGGUAAAUUAUCAGGAAAACUAAAGAGAGAGUAUUUAUAGAUCAAGUUGAAAGUUCAUUUAACCAGGAGAAUACAGUGGCUUAAUUAAUGACAAGUCAGAUGCAAAGCAAAUAACAAGAGAUUAUUACAUUUGAGUAUUUGGAUUAUGAGAAUUUUAUAAUAUUUCUUCAUUAGAGAGAGAAAGACUUAAAUUUAGUCCUAUAAAAAUUUAUAUACCCAAAAAACGAUUAGAACUCUUUGAUUAAAGUCACGUGGUCUCCAUAAUUCUGCCUGGUUAUGAGGAAGACAAAUAUCAAUAAAAUGAACGAUACAAGGAAGACUCAAGUUGAAAGAGUUGCUACUUUUGAUGGACCAGAAUAUUUAAUACAAGCAGACUCAAUCAAUUCUCCUUUAUUAAGUGCAGAUUUAGAAUAAUUAUGUGUGAAUAUAGUAAAACACAUUUUAGAAGUGUCAGGAGGGAACAUUUAAAUAAUAAGAAUGGUCCUAUAUUUUAAGGUUGAUUAUGAAAAUAGGAUAUGGUUGCUUUUUUGUACUAAUAUUAAGGUGAAGGAUAAGUUUAAUGAUAUAAUGCAAUAGCAAAGAGUGUUUUCUCCUAUUUUUAGGGUUUUAAGAAAAGAUCAAGAACCAGUGUCUUUUGCCAAGGAAUAGGCUUAGACUGUUAUUAAAAUAAAUAAUUAAGGUGAAAUGCAGUCUCUAUUAUAUUAAUUUAAAAAUAUCUGUAGCAAUUGUGAUAGAUUUUCUCAUUAACUAUAUCAAUUGAAAUUACAAUUUAUUAUUGAAAGCUUUAAAUAAAAUUUAGUGAAGAAAGAUUUUACUAGGUUGCCUGAAGAAUUAGAAAAGAUGAAAUAGAAAUAAGAUUAAUAAAUUCCUAAAGUCACUUUUUCCAGAAACAUUAGAGUGAGGUAAAAAUAAAACCUUAAAGAAGAAUAUGAGGUUUAGAAUGAAUUUCAGAAUGAUAAUAACUCAAAUAAUAUUUUAAUUGAAAAGAAAAAGAUCUGCUAAAAUAAACUAACAGAAAAUGAAUUAUAUACAUAAAUUAAAGAGUUAGUUUAAUUAUUGAAUGAAGAAUAAGAGGAUUAAAAGUUUAAUUUUAAUCAUAUUCCUCCUUUGAUUCUCAAAGUUUGGGGUAAAAUUAAUGAAGAAAAAUAUUAAUAAUUAUAAUAAAAUUAAAGUUGGAAAGACUUAACCACCUAAGUUUGUUUGGAUUGCUUUUUAUAAUAUACAUAAUAGUGUGAAUAAACUUAAUUUGAAAGAAAAGCAGAUUUGAUGUCUUAAAAAUUAAGAAAGCUGGUUAAUGCUAAAGAAGAGAAUGAAAAGGAGAAACUUCUUUUAUCUAAUACAAGUUUGAAUGUUAAUAGAAUAACCUUCAAUUAAUUGCCAAAUCUCCCUUCAAUAUCAGAAUUACCCAUUGAAAAAUAAAAGCGUUUGUCAAGAAAAUCUUAAAAUUUAACUCACUAAGAAAUUGGAACCAAAUAAAUUGAGUAAACUCCUCAAAAGGCAUCGCAACCAUCUAUCUAUACAGCUAAAAAAUAACAAUAAACUCAAUAAUCACAAUAAACCAAUCAGUCUAAUUAAUAGCCUCCAUAAACUGUGAUUCCUAGUACAACCCUUUCAAAUAAAUAUUUUUAAUUAUAAAGAUAGUCCACAGGUCAAAUAAAUCAACUCAAAUUAAAGAUUCCAAGCACUUAAAGAAUUUAUCUCAAUAAAUAAGGUUUAAACAUUUCAACAAAUAAAUCAAUGUAAUCCAAAUCAUCAAGAUCUACUUUAGAUUAAUCAAAGAUUUCUUUUGAUUUUAUGAUGAAUACUGUGACAUAAUUAAAGAGAAAGCUUGAGGAACUCGAACAAGAUGAAAAAUAAUAAGAAUAGUAAAACCUUUGA